UGAUUCUGUUUAUGAUAUCUCUUGGUGGCGGAUCUCUCACCCUUAUUUACGCUCUCCUUUUUUCUCUAUAACCCAUUAACUAACAUAAACAUUAACAUUCAAUUCAACAAUGUCAAACGUUCAUUAUUCCUUCUCUUUUCUUUCUACUGUUCAGUGAAAAGUGAAAUUGAUGAAAGAUGUUGACCAUUUUAAUUUGGUGGUGAUGAUGUUCGUUCAAGCUUCUGGUAUGAUUUUUUGAGUUUUCUAAUUCACUCUUGAAUUGAAUUGAAGGGCUUAAAAUGAAGUGAUUAAACAGCCUCUUUUCAAAAUUAUGCAACGGUAAGGCUGCGUACAAGGAUUUCAUUUAUCUUACACUAUUUAGUCGGGUUUAACGGGAAGUGAUUCUUGCUUGUUGUCAAAACAACAACACACAAGACAAGAGUAGUUGAUAAAUAUUGUGUUGUGGUGAGUGAGGGUUUUGCAAAGUUGAAAGUUGCAACAUCAUGGAGCAGCUUCCUGUUGAAGUGAUAGGGAACAUACUCUCCCAUCUAAGGGCUGCACGAGAUGUGGUGAUAGCAUCUGCAACAUGCAGGAAAUGGAGACAAGCAUGUUGCAAACACCUUCACACACUCUCCUUCAGCUCCAAUGAUUGGCCUAUUUACAGAGAUUUGACGACUACCCGCGUCGAGAUUUUGAUCACACAAACCAUUUUUCAGACCUCAGGGUUGCAGGCACUCUCAAUAUUGAUGGAAGAUGUGGAAGAGUUCUCGGCUUCCACUGUUAUUGCUUGGCUCAUGUACACCAGGAAAACUCUCAGGCAAUUGUGUUAUAAUGUGAAGACUAUGCCUAGUGUUAACAUUCUUGAAAUAUGUGGCAGGCACAAGCUUGAAAUAUUAGAUCUGGCUCAUAAUUCCAUUGCUGGAGUUGAACCUAAUUAUCAGAGGUUCCCUUGUUUGAAAUCUCUUUCCUUGAGUUAUGUUAGUAUAUCUGCGUUGGAUCUGAAUCUUUUGGUAUCUGCUUGUCCAAAGAUUGAAGCUUUGGAACUUGUCAAUCCAGAGAUUGCAAUGUUUGAUGCACAGGUGACUGUUGAAUUGAGUAGUUCAACGCUGAAGACUGUAUAUGUAGAAGCUAUCAGUUUGGACAAGUUUGUAUUGGAGGCUGAUGGGAUUGAGUGCUUGCAUUUGAAAGAUUGUGCACUUGAGGUUUUUGAACUCAUUGGCAAGGGGACCUUGAAGCAUUUUAAGAUUGAUGAUGUUAGUGUUAUACAUCUUGAUAUCGGCGAGACAGUUGAGAAUCUCGAGAUCGUGGAUAUCAGCAACUUCACAAUUAUAUGGUCAAAAUUUUACCAGAUGAUUUCAAGAUCAUCGAAUUUAAAGAGGCUUCGGCUUUGGGAUGUGAUGUUUGAUGAUGAGGAUGAGGUUGUAGACUUAGAAACAAUUGCAACUUGCUUUCCACACCUGAUCCAUUUAUCUCUGAGUUAUGAUGUGAGAGAUGGAGUGCUUCACUAUGGUUUACAAGGUUCUUCCUAUCUUGAGAAUGUUGUUGUCUUGGAGCUUGGCUGGACUGUGAUCAAUGAUCUUUUCUCCCACUGGGUUGAGGGGCUGCUUAAGCGAUGCCCCAAUCUCAAGAAGUUGGUCAUUCACGGGGUUGUUUCAGAGGCUAAGUCUGAUGAAGAAUGCAAGAUGUUAGCCAAUUUCACCACAUCCAUGGUUGAGCUGAUGAGGAGAUAUACUCAUGUAGAUCCACAUUUUAAGUAUGAAUAGGAUUUUGCUAAAUGCCUUGUUAUAGCUCAGGUUUUCUUUUAAGUCUAAUUCUGUUGGCACAUUUUCAGGUAACUUACAGAAUUCAAUAGUUUAUGCACAACUUUUCACUUAUUAGUUGGAAUCUUUAUCUAGAAGUUGUGUUGUGUGAUUGACCAACAAUUAUUGCUCAUAUCAAACAGGACUUUGAUCACUUCUUAUCAAACAGAAAAGUCUGGAAAUUUUAUGCUGUCAGAUGAGAACUGGGAAUUUAAUUCUUAUUAAGAUCCCUCCCCAACCCCCAACCACCCCACCACCCCCCCCCCCUAAAAAAAAAAAAAAAACAAUAAAAAAAGAAAAACCAGUGCAUGUUAUAAUCUAUUUAAAAGUAUACCACUAGAAAUAUUUUGGUCAGGAGUUUCAUUUUUGUUUGUUUCUCUUCUAUUUAAAUCUAUUUAAGGCGUGAAUUGAUCUAAUUAAUGUGCAUGUUUGGAUAAACCACAACGCACAAACUUACUUUUGGCUUCACUAUUGGGAGGUACCAAUCAUGCUCGAGCCUUGACCUAUGGUUUGACACUUAGAUAUAUCUUGUCCCUGUUUAUCUCACUUGUUACUCUCUCUCACACACACACAAGUUUACCCUUUCUAUUCAUUGGACAUGUUAUGGCUGUCUUUCCUUUUUGUUCUAUGUGCUUUUCUCUGCAGCAUCAUGGACAGUUAUGUGCUGGUACGUGCCGUACUUCCGUGAUUUAAGCUUCCAAGUAUGUGGAGAAGGCCAGAACAGCAAAGUCCUCGAUGGGGUUAUAGUUUUUUGUGAUUUAGCUGAACUUUAGAUAGCUGGUCAUUUGUUCAAAGAAUUAGAGUAUUGAUUCUGAAGCUGAUAUUUUAACUGUUUUUCAGUAGUGUGAUGUAUGUCGCAUAUGAAAAGCAUUUUUUUCUUUCAUAUAUAU